AACUACGCCGGUCUUUUCCGAAGAUUUUGGUAUUUUUGGAUUCUCGCAAAUUUAUCGUACGUCAAUGAAAAUAGAAUGGGAUAUAGAAGAUACAGAAUCAUUCAUACAGAGACAAUACGUCUCUAUAAAGUCUCACAUUGGUGGAGAGUUCAUGCUGUCAUCACAUUCAAUAAAUGGUAUAGCAAGAUCGUAUGUGUUUACUGGAUUAGAUCUCCAUGAUGGAGUAACUUAUUACGUUUCAGUUAUUUCCUGUAAUGGUGCAGACAUUUGCACUGACGCUACCUCACUAGGAAUGUUCGUUGACAGUACACCGCCGUCAAGAGGUAUGUUUGCAAUAACGACCGAUCAUGCAUCAGACCCUGACUUGGCACGACAUUCAGCAGGUUGGAUGACUUGGACAUCACAUGCAGUGUAUCUUGCCUGGCUUGGAUUUAGUGAUGUACAUUCAGGAAUUGACCAUUACAUGGUUACCGUUGGCUCAUCCUACAUGGGAAAAGAUCUAUCUAAGGACGUAACUACAAUACAUACUCAUACUGAUACUAACACUGACCAUGGUGAUGAAGGAAAAGUUCAACUGUUCACUGUAGAGACCAGCAGUAUUUCAAACCUUGAUACGCUAUUCAUAACAGUUUGGGCUGUUAACAAGGUUGGUUUAAGGAGUCAUUUGGUACAUUCAGCUUUCACAAUUAGUCCUGGUGGUUCACUUGAUUUAAUUCGAAGAUGUGAUGCACUUUCAUGUGAAGGUCACUGCAUAUGUGCUCCACAGGAUCAACAAUGUCCUUACUCUGCUUCACUUGGAAGUUGCAAUGAUAUAACAUCAAGUAAGUUAUCCUCAAAUCAAUGUUAA